AUGUACUUUAACUCUGUUAUUAUCAGGCUAAAAUGGAGGCAAAAGACCUUUGGAUUGCGCUCAUUGCCAGGGUUGUUGUACAACCAGCCGAGUGUGUUGGUAGGUCGGACAGAUGUUGCUUCUGUGACACCAUGGUUAGCUCCAAUCAUUUGGGAGGGAACCUUUGACCCCAUACUAAUCGAUUCUAUAUACAAACAACAGAAUCUCACCAUACCAACCACUGUCUUCGCUUUGGGAAAAUACACGCGCUUUGUCAAAGAUUUUCUGGAGUCAGCAGAGCAGCAUUACUUUGUUGGAUUUCGAGUGCAUUACUACUUGUUUACAGAUCAACCAGAAUCAGUUCCUGAAGUGAAGAUGGGUGAAAACCGUAGUUUGACAGUUCGAAAGGUUCAGAGUUUGAACAGAUGGCAGGACAUCAGUAUGAGCAGGAUGGAAACCUGGAAAAAACUAAUAGAGAAUGAACUGGCUAGUGAGGCUGACUAUAUUUUCUGCCUUGACAUAGAUACAAAGUUCUAUGGCCGUUGGGGUGUGGAGUCUUUGGGUCGUCUGGUAGGUGUGAUACAUCCUUGGUUCUUUGACGCUCCAAGGAAUCGAUUUACAUAUGAGCGUAGACCAGAGUCUCAAAGCAUACAUUCCGGGGGGAAAGGUGAUUAUUAUUAUGCUGGUGCUGCAUUUGGUGGGUCAUUGGAGGAUGUACAUCAUCUCACCAAAACCUGCAGGGAGAAGCUGCACAUUGAUGCUGCAAACUCCAUUGAGGCGGUAUGGCAAGAGGAGUCUCACUUAAACAAGUAUUUCCUUUUGAACAAACCUAGUAAACUGCUCUCUCCUGAAUACAUGUGGAGGGACAUCCAUGCAAAGGCAGCCCAAAUAAAAGUAAUUCGCUUCUCUAAUGUAGCUAAAAACUAUGCUGAAGUUCGUCCUAACCCAUAGUAACUGUUUUCAUAGUAAUUUGUAUUCAGAUACGCUGACAUGGUGUGUUCUCAUAGGCCUCCCAUUGUCAGUAGGGAAGUUGAACAUCUGCCACCAAGAAAUGGAUAAUCACUGACAAAUGCAAAUGCUUAUGAGGUUAUAUCAGAAACAAUAUCUGCCAAAGUCUUUUUGAAUAAACACUCACAAAUAUGAACGUAUCAAACUUUUUGCAAUACUCUUUAUUAUGUAACCGAACACAAUUUAGGUUUAUUGAAAGCCCAGACAACCCUUUGUUUUACCCCUUUUAUGAAGAGAGUUGAGGGUGGAUGCAUUAACAAUACACUAUUUUCCUGUUUAACGCUUGACACAAUCUGUAUUGUAUAAAGCCACUAUAUAAAUAAAGGUGUCAACUUGAUUUGACGAAAUAUAACAACUUUUCAACAAUAUAUGUUGUGGCAAUAAUCUCGCUUUCAAGACAAAGAAUUGACUCUGGUCUUUGUUCAAGUUUCAACUGUUUACUUUACUGGAUGUUCUUGUACAAAACAGAAAAACAAAAUAAACA